GUUGCUGAGCUUUAAUGGGCCAUGUAAUAACCCAAUUAAGACAACGAAACGAACCCCCUUUAAACUCAGCAGCCACUCCCUAACACUCUCACUCUCACUCCUCUCUCUCUCCUCACUCACGCCGGAACCACCGCGACGACGCCGCCGCCGACGGCCAAUACCGCCACCACCACCACCUACUCCUCUCAGUCCGUUAUCUCUAUAGUAUUUUACUAGGGUUUAACCUCAGAAAGAAAGAAGAGUUUGAAAAUGUCUUACGGUAUACAAUCUAUGCUUAAGGAGGGACACAAGCAUCUCUCUGGUCUUGAUGAAGCUGUGCUCAAGAACAUCGAUGCUUGCAAGCAACUCUCUACUAUCACCCGAACUUCUCUUGGACCUAAUGGCAUGAAUAAGAUGGUGAUCAAUCAUUUGGACAAGCUUUUUGUCACAAACGAUGCUGCCACUAUUGUGAAUGAACUUGAGGUUCAACAUCCUGCUGCCAAGCUCUUGGUUCUAGCAGGUAAAGCUCAACAAGAGGAAAUUGGAGAUGGUGCUAAUUUGACGAUUUCUUUUGCUGGUGAGCUUCUCCAAAAUGCUGAGGAGCUUAUAAGGAUGGGUCUGCACCCUAGUGAGAUUAUCAGUGGAUACAACAAAGCUAUUACUAAGACAGUUGAAAUCUUAGAUGAACUAGUAGAGGAAGGUUCUGAAAACAUGGAUGUUCGCAACAAGGAUGAAGUGAUUAUUAGAAUGAAGGCUGCUGUUGCCAGCAAACAAUUUGGACAAGAAGAUGUUUUGUCUUCACUUGUUGCUGAUGCAUGUAUUCAAGUAUGUCCCAAGAAUCCAGCAAACUUUAAUGUGGAUAAUGUACGUGUUGCGAAGCUCUUGGGAGGAGGUUUACAAAACAGUUCCGUGGUAAGAGGGAUGGUCUUGAAAAGUGAUGCUGUUGGAAGCAUAAAACAUGCAGAAAAGGCGAAGGUUGCUGUAUUUGUUGGUGGUGUGGAUACCUCUGCAACUGAGACAAAAGGAACAGUUCUAAUUCAUAGUGCCGACCAGCUAGAAAAUUAUGCAAAAACUGAAGAAGCUAAAGUUGAGGAGCUUAUAAAGGCGGUCGCUGAUUCAGGUGCUAAAGUAAUUGUUAGUGGAGCAGCAGUUGGGGAGAUGGCACUCCAUUUCUGUGAACGCUACAAGCUAAUGGUCUUGAAAAUUAGUUCAAAAUUCGAAUUAAGACGAUUUUGCCGCACCACUGGUGCUGUUGCUAUGUUGAAGCUUAGCAAGCCAAACCCAGAUGACCUAGGACAUGUUGAUUCAGUUUUAGUACAAGAAAUUGGUGGUGCUAGGGUCACUGUUGUGAAGAAUGAAGAAGGUGGAAACUCUGUAACCACUGUUUUAUUGCGAGGAAGCACAGAUAGCAUCUUAGAUGACCUCGAAAGAGCAGUUGAUGAUGGAGUAAAUACUUACAAGGCUAUGUGCAGGGAUAGCCGUAUGGUUCCUGGUGCAGCUGCUACCGAAAUUGAAUUAGCUAAGAGAGUGAAAGAGUACUCGUUUAAAGAAACAGGAUUGGACCAGUAUGCUAUAGCAAAAUUUGCUGAGAGCUUUGAAAUGGUGCCUAAAACCUUAUCUGAGAAUGCUGGUCUUAAUGCUAUGGAAAUUAUUUCCUCAUUAUAUGCCGAACAUGCAUCUGGAAACACCAAAGUCGGUAUUAGCUUGGACGAAGGUGUUUGUAAGGAUAUCACCACCAUGAAUAUCUGGGACCUUCACGUUACCAAGUUCUUUGCCCUUAAGUAUGCUGCUGAUGCUGCCUGCACUGUACUACGAGUGGACCAGAUUAUAAUGGCGAAACCAGCGGGUGGCCCGGGUAAAAGGGAUCAACCUGCGAUGGACGAGGACUAGUUCUCUAUUUUGCUUAGAAUCUUUGGGUUAGGAAAUUUACCAAACUUGGCUAGGCUAAAAUUGUGUGGAAAUUUUGUUUGUGCUCUUAAGAGGGAUUAUUGUUUAAAUUAUAAUGGUUAUUGUAUAUUGCCAUUUGUAAGCUUUUGCUUUUGAGAGGGUUUUUUCUUUUCUUUUC